CAACGAGCCCUGGAAGAAACCAAAGCCUACACAACACAGUCGUUAGCAAGCGUAGCCUAUCUGAUCAACACUUUGGCCAACAAUGUUCUCCAGAUGCUGGAUAUCCAGGCGUCCCAACUUCGACGCAUGGAAUCUUCAAUCAACCAUAUUUCACAAACGGUGGACAUUCACAAAGAGAAAGUUGCUAGAAGAGAAAUUGGUAUCUUGACUACAAACAAAAACACCUCAAGAACUCACAAAAUCAUUGCACCAGCUAACUUGGAGCGACCAGUUCGCUACAUCAGGAAACCUAUUGAUUAUACAAUUCUAGAUGAUAUUGGACAUGGAGUGAAGUGGUUGCUUAGAUUUAAGGUCAGCACACAGAAUAUGAAGAUGGGUGGGCUGCCUCGUACAACACCACCCACCCAGAAGCCACCGAGUCCACCAAUGUCAGGAAAAGGAACUAUUGGGCGUCACUCUCCUUAUCGUACGUUGGAGCCAGUACGUCCUCCGGUGGUACCAAAUGACUACGUGCCUAGCCCAACACGCAAUAUGGCUCCCUCACAACAGAGCCCUGUUAGAACAGCUUCUGUGAAUCAGAGGAAUCGCACAUACAGCAGCAGUGGGAGUAGUGGAGGAAGCCACCCAAGUAGUCGGAGCAGCAGUCGAGAGAACAGUGGAAGCGGAAGUGUGGGUGUUCCUAUUGCUGUUCCCACGCCAUCUCCUCCCAGUGUCUACCCAGCCCCUGCUGGCUCGGCUGGCACUUCUCCCCUCCCUCCUACCUCUGCUCCUGCCCCCACUCCUCCUGCUCCUGCCCCUUCCUCUGCUGCCCCAGACACUGCUGCUGCUGGAGCUCAGCCCCUUGCUGAUGGCUUCACCUCUCCAACCCCUCCUGCUGUUUCUUCCACACCCUCUACAGGUCACCCAGUUCAGUUCUACAGCAUGAACAGGCCUGCAUCUCGACACACCCCCCCAACAAUAGGAGGAUCUUUGCCAUAUCGUCGUCCUCCUUCGAUCACAUCCCAGACGAGCCUUCAGAACCAGAUGAACGGAGGACCGUUUUAUAACCAGAACCCAGCAUCUCUUGCACCUCCUCCCCCCUCCAUCCUACAGGUAACUCCACAGUUACCGCUAAUGGGAUUUGUGGCCAGAGUUCAAGAAAAUAUUUCAGAUACUCCUCCCCCGCCACCGCCUGUGGAUGAGCCAGUGUUUGAUGAGUCUCCACCUCCACCCCCACCUCCAGAAGAUUAUGAGGAAGAGGAAGCAGCUGUGGUGGAGUACAGUGAUCCGUAUGCUGAGGAGGACCCUCCGUGGGCACCAAGGACCUACUUAGAAAAGG